AAAUAAUAUGUUAAUCUCGAUCUUUAGCAAGUAAAAGAUACGCUUCAUUUGACUAAAUCUAAGGAUUUGGUGUGGUAAAUGUAAAUUCUUAUGUAAAGAAAUGUAAUAUGGGUCAGCUGCUGUGUUUAUACUGGAAAGAAACUGUUAGCUUGAAUGGUGUGCGAUAUGAUGUUAUUAAAAGUGUUGGUGAGGGAGCUUUCUCAUUUGUUCAGUUGGUUAAAAGGGGAUCAGAUUCAUAUGCAUUGAAACGAGUUCUUAUCCAAGUGCCUGAACACAAGGAGAUGAUAAACAGAGAAAUAAAAGCCCACCAGUCUAUCAAGCACUCCCAUGUGAUGCCACUAGUUGAUUAUGAAAUUGUGCAAAACUCCAAUGGCAGUGAAGCAAGAUUGUUAUUUCCUUAUCACAAGCUGGGAUCUGUACAAGAGAUAAUAGAAGUGUCAAAAAUCACAAAAAAACCUAUACCUGAAGUGGAGAUUCUUUCAAUAUUUAAAUCACUUUGCAGUGCAGUACAUGCUUUCCAUUCUCAUGAUCCUCCCAUGGCUCACAGAGAUAUCAAGCCUCACAACUUGUUGAUUGCGGAAAACUCGACAGCAAUAUUAAUGGAUUUAGGAAGCUGUCGCGAAGCUGUUGUUAGGAUAAACUCAAGGCAAGAGGCUUUAGCACUCCAAGAGCUUGCUGCUCAAGAUUGUACUGCGGCUUUCAGGGCUCCUGAGUUGUUUGAAGUUCCAUCUGAAUGUAUUAUUAAUGAGAAGACUGAUAUUUGGUCGUUAGGAUGUACAUUAUAUGCACUGGCCUAUGGAGAUAGUCCUUGUGAUGGAACAGCGCUUUCUGCAGUUAGUCCAAAAAUAAAAACUGAUGACACGAGAUAUUCCGACCAUUUCAACAAAUUAAUAGUUAAUAUUUUAAAAAAUGAUCCAGUUGAACGUCCGUCAGCAUUAGAAAUUAUCGAAAUGAUUAAUGAAAUUAAUAAUGAGCAAAAAUGACGAAUUUAUGUACAUAUACAUUCAUAGAUAUUUAUUUUAAUUUUUAUAAUUUUUUUUUAUAAUUAUCGCCUGCUUAUGUCUUUAUAUUGCAACAGAUGAUGAAGGACUUUAUUGUCAGAAAUGUUAGCUCCUUUUACUGUAUUUUCAAAAAUUUGCGAAAUUAAAUCCCCCAAAAUAUUUAAGUUUAUUUGCAAAUACUUGGAAGUCUAGAACCGCCAAAUUUUAUUCCGCGAAAAUGUAAAAAGUUUUGAAAAGGAAUUCCGCGAUAUUCUUAGAACCUAGGUUUAAUUUCUAGAAAUGGCAAGAUGUAUUUUUAAAAACCUGUUCUAUAUUUCAGUAAAAAGUAUAAACAUCUUUGACGAAUUCCAUUAAACUUGAUCAACCGCAAAAAGGCAUUUGAUGUUAUUUUGGAGUAGCAAACUCUAUUUUUGUGAAUAUUUGUGACAACACGGUAUGUGCACUUCAACUAAUGUCGAUUUAUUAGAAUAAACUACACUUCACGUUUUCGCCAGUAAAUUUCUUUUUGCGAUCAAUAGUUUCGUUUCCUCUUCGAACAACUCGUCCUUUAAUAAAAAUAACAUGGAAUAUUGUUUGGAUAUUUUUGCGUCUAACGACAUAAUAUUGUCAUACACAGAUUGCAUUAUAUCUUCUAAUUUUUUUUCUUCGCCACAAUAUUUUUCUAAAUCUCUUUGAAUGCUGCUAUAUUUCAGUUGCAAGGUGUCAUUCCCAGGUCUUUGAGUCAAUGCUAUGUUUGUUUGAAUUUGUUCUUGUUGAGUUGAUUCAACAAGAAAGGUAACUGGAUUCAAUUUUUGUUGUAUUUCUUCGAUCUUUUUUACAAGAUUCUUUUUUUCUUCUUUUAUAGCCAUUAACCUAGCCUCCUUUAUUUUAUAAUUACUUCGUUUCAUUUCCAAAAAAGCAGCUUGUUUUUCAUAUAUUUCUUUGAUAUUAUUAUUUUGUGUUGCUUCACUUGAAGUCAUUUUGUAAAAUGUAUAUUCUAGUAUAAGAAAAAGAAAUAAAUUUGUGAGACGUUUUGUGUUAAUGUUACCUGAUGAUAAAUAGAGAGAUGUACAAGAAUGUUUCCAAAAAUCGAUCAUUUUUUCCGUGUCUUGAAACAAAACUGCGAGCGAAGAAGAAAUGAAUGUUAAACUAAGGCCGAAAGAA